AAGUGUUACCACAGUACAGCUCUGUGUUCAAUCAGUCAGCAAGCGGUCAGCUGCCAAACCCGGAAGCUGCUGGAAUAUCGAACCAGACAUUACUGGCAGAUCGCCGAGCACGGUCGACCUAUAAAUUAACUUUCUACUUUAUAUACGCGAAGAGUUUAUUUCUUCACAGAGUUCUGCGUUCGACCUCCAUCUUUGAAGCACGUUGCCAAGCAACGGAAAGUCUUAACAUGAAGAUGAGCCACCAAUCCAUCCAAAGCGUUCUGCAUAAACAUUACUUGCCAAAGACAUCCAGUGACUGCCACUGUAGCACAGCCCAGUUUUCAUGUCAAACAGACAAUGCUGCCCAUACCAGCAAACCAGUGUGCUCCAGCAGCAUGAAAACAGAUGUGCAUUUCAACUCGUCACAUAAAGUAAGGCGUCUUAAAACUAGGAAGGAAAGGAAUCAGAUUCGAGGUCUUGAGAGAAACAGGUACCACCCAUCUUCUCAGCACAGCAGAAGAGAAGGCUGUGAGAAAGCUCAUCAUCCGUUAUCUUGUUCUAGAAAAGUGAGGGCAUUCGCUAAGCCAUACAUUCCUCAGAAGCCAAGCUUCAUGACUGAAGGACGCCUUACCUCCAUCCGAGGCCCUUUCAGCCAUGAGAUUAGAUCAAUGGAUAUUGAGAGGCUGGUGAGCGAGCAAAUAAAGAGAGAUCAGCAGAGAAAAGAGCAAGGAAAACAGUUUGUGAUGCACGUUACAUCACCGCUGCUUCCCUCUGUACCUGAUUCAGACCUGGACUGCAAUCUCGAUGAAGUACAGGAACCACUCCAGGAAGCAGAAAAUAAUAUGACACCACAAGUGAAGAGGAAGAGAAGUUCAAGAAAAGAGCCUAGUGAAAAAAACACAACUAAUAGAGGGGUUUUUGUAUCUAUGAGGCCGUCUAGAGAAGAUGAGAAGCGUGACAGAAAUGCCAACACCAGGCAGGAAGAUACUAAUAGCAAAACAAGACAAGAAAGUCAGAGUAGCCCACCAAAAGAAACUGAACAUGUGGUUUUGGCAUCCUCAGAAAAUGAAGCGGUUCCUCAGUUAUGCUCUACUCCAAUUGAACCUGAGAAGAAUAACUCACAAACAGGCAAUCUCCAGUCCCAUGAUGAAGUAAAGAAAACCAAGAAGAACCAACAAAAUGGUUUUAUGAAUAUUCAGAGAUUUGAGAAAAACUCUACAAGAGUGGGAGUCCCAAACAUGGAAGUUACGCAAGUGUUAGAAAAUCAGCAGACGUUAACUUCCCUGUCUGACCUGGACUCUGGGGCUGGUCAAGUAGACAAUGUUGAACAAGGGGAGCAAAUGUCACUGUCAUGUAGGGAAGCAGUGAAAAGGCUCACCACACGUUUGUGCCAGAGUUCAGAGCUCCGUCUGCCAAGCCGUCGACGCCCCCUACUGACCGAGUGUAGAGAGACACUACUACAGACUUUACAGAAAAGGCACAGUUUCCAUUUAGAGCAUAACCUGCAUAGACUACAAUCAUUCUUACAUGUUAAUCAAAUGGCUUCUCAGCUCAGCUCAGGACAGAGAGAUGAAAGUUGUUCAUCUUUUAGCCAUGCAGUGGAGAAUGAGAAUAGGAGCAGGAACAUGGGGAUAUGGACAGACAGUGCCAUGCAGCAAGAUUAUUUAGCACAGGAAGUUAAGCGGGACUUGGAAAGAGAAGCUUUCGCCAAGAAACAUAGGACACAAGAUUGGAAGUCCUCGUCCACUCUGUUCUCACUUAAAGAACCACAACAGUCAAACACGGACAUGUCUUUGCAGUUUGACCAGUGGAGGGCAGAUAGUUCAUCUCAGGAUUGUUUCAGAGCUCAGCGUCUUCACAGCAGACAGCUCUUCAACCAGGAACAGACCUUUACCCAGCAUGCCGUCCCUGUACUCAGAAGUCCCACCUGGGCUGAUCAGCCAGUAAACUUCUAUUCCCAGCAGCCAUCACUUAGCAGAGGGGAAAGUUGGACAAAUGUAGACUUAGAUCUCUCUAGAAUCUCUCAACAGUGGAGAGAAGACAACAAUCUUGAUUUCAGUUCACAUCGCAUAUAUGAGAGCAGAAAACAAAAACCACAAGAAGCAUCUGUUGGUGGAUCCAGAUUCUGGUCCCAUCAGCCACACAUUCGGGAUGAAAGAGAAAGAUGGCCGCCCUUCUCAACAUCCUACCUCUCAGAGGGCUUUCAAUACAAGCCUUUUUUUCGCUGUCCACAUCCAUCCGCCAUCCAGCACAGGUCAGACUACCUUGGUAUAACUCAAUGUCCCAGGACAAACACACCAGAUAGGGUAUUUUACCCUCCUUUUUACCUUUAGCAAAGCUGUGUGCCAUGAUUAAGGCUUUUUGCCAAGAUCAUAUUAGAUUAAUAUGAAUGACAUAUAUAAGUAACAAUUAUAUAUGUAUAUUAUUUACUUAUUAUAUUUUUGUUUUGUUUUUUGAAAGACCAUCACCACUACAUGGGAUUUGAAUUUGAGAGUUCAGU